UAAUAAAUCUCUUUGAAAAAAUUCAGACACAGAAUUGUCAAUUUAUACCCCAAUUUUUUCUCUCGAUUUGUUCCUGGCUCAUAAGAAUAAUUUAAAAUGAUAGUGUUGAAAGGUCUUGCAAGAACCCCAGCAAAUCUCAGUUCCAUCUACAGAUAUUCAAGAUGUUAUGCUACUGCUGCUUCUGAUAGUUCAUCCUCUUCAUCAUCUUCAAUUCCUCAGAAUGAUGACAGUUCGAAAUAUAAAACUGCCACGAAAGCUAAAACUACUACAAGAACUUAUAAAAGAAAGAUAACAAUGCCAACUGUUCCAUCAGGUUUAAGCUCUCUUGAUGAUUUGCCUCUGAAUUCGGCUUCAACAUUGACUAAAAAAACUUAUUUGCUGAAAAGCAAUAGUUUAAAGGAUUCUGCAAAUUCAAGUAUCCCCGAUUUUCCUCCAGAUUCUCCUACAAAUAAUAACAUACCUGAGUUUCCCGAUUCUUCAGUAGCUGAUGAAUCAAAUAUAAAUAGUAUUCCUUUUUCUUCCAACAGUGCUAAUUCUAACACUACUUCAGCUUCAACGUACACCAAUAAUUCCUUUUUAUCUUCUCCGUCCUCUUCCUCUUCUACUUCCAAUAACUUUGACACUACCUUUGAAGGAAUUGGUCAAAAAAAAUUUGACGACAAAACCUGUGAAGCUUUAUUAAAAGAGCUUGAUCCUAUUGAUAUUGAAAUCAAGCCAGACGGAAUUCUUUAUUUGCCCGAAAUCAAAUACCGUAGAAUAUUAAAUAGAGCUUUUGGUCCAGGAAACUGGGGUUUGGUUCCAAGAGACUCAUUGACAAUUACUGAUAAAUACGUUUCAAGAGAAUUUGGUUUGAUUUGUGAAAAUAGAUUAGUGAGUAUAGCAAGAGGCGAACAAAUAUUUUUCAAUCAGGAUGGUAUACCAACCGCCAUUGAGGGAUGCAAGAGUAAUGCAUUGAUGAGAUGCUGUAAAGAUUUGGGUAUUGCAAGUGAAUUAUGGGAUCCAAGGUUUAUUAGAAAUUUCAAGAAACAAUACUGUGAAGAGAAAUUUGCUGAACAUGUAGUUACUAAGAAAAAGAAGAAGUUAUGGAGACGUAAAGAUACUGAUUUCACAUAUCCAUAUAAACAAACUUAGUUUUUUCAAUAAGUUUGUAUUUUGUAAAUAAUUUAAUAGAUAAUUAAUUAAGUGGUUAAAUGUAUAAUAAUUCAUCAUAGUAGAGUAGAAUUGAGCAGAGCAGAGCAGA